AUGGGGAUCCAGGGACUGUUGCAGUUCCUCAAAGAUGCCUCGGAGCCCAUCAGUGUGAGGAAAUUCAAGGGACAGACAGUCGCAGUAGACACAUAUUGCUGGCUUCAUAAAGGGGCAUUUUCUUGUGCAGAGAAACUUGCCAAAGGGGAGCCAACUGACCAGUAAGUUGUUUUAUAGAUAUCUCAGUAUGCAUUAACUAUAACCACCUAACCUUAUUAAUAUAACUACCUACCCCUAUGCAUUUUCUUUCACAUAGGUAUGUGACAUACUGCAUGAAAUUUGUGGACAUGCUGUUGUCUUUUGGUGUGAAGCCCAUCUUGGUGUUUGAUGGCUGCAAUCUGCCUUCAAAACAGGAAGUGGACAAAGCUCGCAGAGAGUAAGUGUGUGCGGACCUGUAAUAUUCUUUAAAGUUAAGAUGGUGAUUGAAUUAAUGUUAGGCCUAGAUGGUAUUUGCUGUAAUGUGUUGUCUCCUUUAAUGAAAUAAAAUCUCUCCCUGUACUUGUCUAUGUCGUUUCUUUAACAGAACAGAGUAAAUAUUUUUGCCAAAAAAGUUAGAUCUCAUGUCUGUCUUCCAGGCGUCGUCAGGCAAAUCUGCAGAAAGGCAAGCAGCUCCUACGUGAGGGAAAGAUUUCAGAAGCCAGAGACUGCUUUACCCGCUGUGUUAACGUCACCCCUUCCAUGGCCCAUGAUGUCAUCAAGGCAAGUGUUUCCAAUCCUGCUAAAACUGUUCAGAUGAAAGAAUGUUUUCUACUGAUCAGUAUUUUUCACUGAAACCUAUGCUGCAUAUCUUGAAUGAAGCGUGUCUAUUUGUGCAGUGGUUUACUCUGGCUUAACCAGUUAAACUCAAGUCAUCUGGUUUGUUAUGCACUACUUCAUGUUUAUGAUUGCAAAUGGGUGGCUUACAUUUUUUUAUUCAGCUGAAAUAAUGUUCUAUCCUCUAGGCAGCAAGGACCAGAGGUGUGGACUGUGUGGUGGCCCCAUAUGAAGCUGACGCCCAGCUGGCCUUCCUUAACAAGGCUGGCAUUGCACAGGCUAUCAUCACUGAGGACUCAGACUUACUGGCGUUUGGCUGCAAAAAAGUACAGUAUUAGGAACUUUAAGAUGGUGCUCACUGUGGAAUUUCUGUAAUGCAUUUGUCACAAUCAUCUGGCUUUAAAGUAACUGUCCGGUUUCUCCAGAUUUCUAUGCAAUAUGACCAAUAAUUAAUUAAAAUAUGGUUGAAAUAGUUUUCCUUUCAAAAAAAUUGUAAUUAAGUACGUUAAAAAGCAGCUUUCCUGUGUUAGAAUGGUGUGGGCGUACACCAACGUAAUGUGUUGGUUUUUGUCAAAUAAUUCACGUGUGAUUUUUGCCAAAUACGAGUAAUGGCAGAUUUGAAUUCUGUCUUAAAGGGUAUGAUUUUUAAUCAAAGUAUACUUACUAGAAGAUGAUGAGAUUUUGUAUGGACAGAUAGUACUCUCAAGUGAAUUGUCACAAGUCAAUGCACUAAUGGUAAACCAUAAUGUGACUGUUCUCGUCAGUGUCCUAAACUGCAACGGAAGCGAGUGACCGGAUGGGCGGUCCGUCUGGUAAGUUCACAAAAGUAUCGCAUUAUCUCCGGUUGACAUCUACCUCGCCAUGGCUGCUUGGAAGCCUGUGAAAUGCUGAUGCAGGCACCCGGACAAUUAGAGUUGAAAUGAGUAGACCAGGGCUCCUAACAAACUAUUCAAAGGCCCUCUACUGUGACUUCUUUACGUGGAGUGGCCAUACUAAGGACUGUGUGCCAACGUAGUAAUUGAUGCUUGUUAACCAACCUUUACACGUCGUUUACCCACAUGUAAUAUCCAUUCAUCCCCCGCACAUUGACUUGAAACGUAUCUGUUAGAUGUACAGUUUUUUUUUUUCUCUCACACUUUUUUGUUGCGACUUUUUGUUAAAAUCAAUAUGGUAGGUUAAGUAGAUUAUGUAACCUCACUGGAUUGGCUCAUGACAUACAAACUUGAUGAUGGUAAUGACCAUAAAGUGUUCUGCUUGUCAUCUCGCUCAGGUGAUCCUAAAGAUGGACAAACAGGGGAACGGUCUAGAGAUUGACCAGAACCACCUGGGGCGGUGCCGCUCUCUGGGUGAUGUCUUCACCGAGGAGAAGUUCCGCCACAUGUGUAUUCUCUCUGGCUGUGACUAUCUGUCCUCGCUCUAUGGGAUUGGCUUGGGCAAAGCCUGUAAACUGCUGAGGAUGGCAAACAACCCUGACAUCAUUAAGGUAAGUUUGAAUGAGAAUUGGUAGUAGAACUUGCACAGUGGUAUAAAUUAAACUAUUAUGAAAAUGGCCCCUCUAACUUGUUGAUUUACUUUCAGGUGAUAAGGAAGAUGGGCCAGUACCUGAAGAUGAACGUGGUUGUGCCAGACGAGUACAUUGAUGGCUUUGUUAAGGCCAAUAACACCUUCCUCUACCAGCUGGUGUUUGACCCCAUCAAGAGGAAGGUGGUGCCUCUCAACCCCUAUCCAGAGCACAUGGACCCUGCCACCCUCAGCUACGCUGGCUGGUAUCCUUUCACUCAGUGGCAGGCCUGACUCCUGCUCUAUACCUGUUGAUUAGUAGCUAAAUAGAAAAUAAGACACUGGUUGUUCCCAUUUACUACCAGUAAAAUGUGUUGUCCUUAAUGCUUAAUCCAGUAAUUUAGGAGAUUGCAAAGGUUUACAGAUGGCCCUGGGAAACUUGGAUAUCAACACCAUGGAGAGGAUUGAUUACUUCAACCCAGAUGCUGCAAAUGUCAAGGUAAAGGUACUAGGUAGAAUGACUAACAUAAUAGUCAUUUCUGUACAAACACUACUCAUUCAUCAUCACAGUAAGUUGUACUGCUAGGUUGUUGUUUUGCUUGUGUACUUAGCUAUUUUUACAGUCAAUCAAUACAAUUGUAUGAAUAUUUAACUUGCAAAUGUGAGUGCUUAACCUAGCCUGACCCCAGAUCUGUAUGCUGUACAUGUAUGGCAUGACAACCAUAGAGGAGUUUGCUAAAGCGCACGUCAUUUACGGUAACGUAUCUAAAUCCUUCCUCCCUUUGUGUUUCUUAGCCAGUGAAACCACGCAGUCGUGACUGGAAUGCCAGCCAGGAGACUCGGGCCUCCAUACACCCUAGCAUCUGGAGCAGAGGUUACACACCAGGCACCCUCUCUGCCUCCCAGCCUGUGGGCUCUCCAGAGAGGCCCCCUUCAACCAGGGGAAAGGAGCGGGUCAUCAGUGUGCAGGGGCUGAGGCUUCCUCAAAGGAACACCCAGGUUAAGAGGCCCAGAGAAGGUGAGAUUAGUCUGCUAUCUCAUUGUUGCUCCCAUGUUUGAGAGGUGCUCUUUUCAAUCACUAUAGGAAGGAAGAUUACUUGAUUAACCCAGCUCUGUUUAAAUAUAGGUGUGAGGAUUUGGGAUUGUUCAGGGGGAAACACAUUUUUAUUGCCAUAACAUCCCAGUUCAUCUUGUGAAGUUUUAUCAGUCAUUCUAUAGUAAAGCCUCUACUUGUAUUACAUUUUGAAGCUCCACCCAAUGUUACGUUCAUAUAGAACAGGAAAAACCUACACUUUGUCAUUUAUAUAAAAAGUUUAUCAAUGUAUUUGAUUAAUGUAUACCUCAAACAUUCUUUCCAAGUGGUUUUGAUAAAUAUUUGUUAUAUUAUAGACUUCUGAUUUCCUUCAUCUCCCAAAGACUCUGGUGUUUCAGAGCAGGAUGUGCUGCAGCAGUACUCUCCCUCUGGUCAGAAGAGGUCCAGAGGGGAGGAGGACCCUGAACCCACAGAGAGCCAACACAUCUCCACAUGCCCCCGGUCCAGUGCCACUGCUGCUGCUACCCAUCCCAGACCCCGCAACCGCUUCGCCACCCUGCUACAGAGGAGGAACCAGGAUGGAGUUGGAGACGGGCAGGGAAUGCGAAGCAGGUAUGAUCUUAUAAUACACACUUUUAGUCAUUGCAACAGCAACUUUAUUUUAUAGGAAAUCUUUCUUUCGAACUCGUCUUAUCUUUUACAUCACUGAAAUUGACCUACCUAAAACCACUGGUUCUUCCAAUUGUUUUCCUGAUCCCAUUGUUUUGCCCACAUUUCUUCAUGUUUUGUGAUACUGUCUGACUAAAUGGUGGAUAUUUUCCCCUAUAGGUUCUUCUGUAGUGGCAGAAGCUCCAGUGAGGUGGUCAGCUUGAAUCAGGUGUCUUUUGUCAAAGGGGAGGUGUCUCAGGAUGAGGUCACAGAGGACCCCAGUAACGAAUAUUGUGUCGUGGGAUAUGCUGAGACAGAGGAGAAUGACUCUGUUGACCUUCAUAGCCCACCCCCCUCCUCUCUGCCUGCCAGUCAAGGGCUAGGGGUGUUCCGCUGGUCAGGCAGCUCCUCGGAGAGAUCCAGGACCCUGACACCCACAUCCGGCCUCUCGGCCCUGCAGCAGUUCCAGCGCAAGAAGGAAAGCUUCUCCUGGAGCCAGGAAGGCCAGAGGACUCGGAAGACCCCUAGAGCCCCAUCUCCCAUCCUGGGCCAAGAGGACAAGGAUUCACCACCAAACUCUCCACCGUCUCAGGACAGUGCCUACUUCUCUCAGCAUAACCACACAUCCUGCAGUGUAGUGGAAGUGUCCCCACCCACUCGGCUGGAGGAUGCCACCACACCUGUACGUCACUGUUUCCUCUGUUAAUUAGUAAUGCGUAGGCGUCAUAACACUUGCAUGUGCAUUACUGCAAGCUAGUUGAGUGUGCAUAUGCAUGGCUUUUUAGGUUGUGGUUUGGAUGAGUGGUGGCGGUGGCUUUAUUAAUUUACUGCCUGUCUUCUGUUUUCUAAGAUAAUUUACUCAAGUAAGGAUUCAGACUCUGGCAAAAGCCCCAGUUCCUCUCCAACAGCGGAUGAAAAGAAACCCAGCACAAUGAGAGCGAAGGUAGCUUACUUUAUGUGGGACCAUUUUGUAUCAUGUUGGUUCAAUAGAGAUUUGGCAUCUAGAACACUUUUGUGAUGAACAUGCUAUAUCCCCACAGUGAAUUUUCCUUCCCUUCUCUCUCACCAGGUGGCAGGUCUACCGCGGAUGAAACCCGGUGACCAAGGGAAAGGGACAAAGAUCCGACACUCUGCCCCAGCCAAGGCCAGUGGCCUCCGUAAAAAGCCUGCAGGGCCUGGAAAGAAACUCGCCACCAACAAUGAGAACAACCCUGGCCUCCAGGCCACCAUCAGUGGCCUCUGGAAAAACUUUGGUUUUAAGUAAGUGAGGGUAAUCAUAACCUGCAUACUUAAAAUCAUAGACUGCAUAUCAUUAGUCCUCAGCCCAGUAGCUGGAUUACACCUUUCAAUUGUCUUUGCUUUAUAAAAGAUUAUAGAUUAGGCCUAAUACCAACCUUCAACAGUAGUCCCCAUACUUGUAUUUUUCCCUUUGAACACAACCAAUUUGUGUUCAAAGGAUCUGUCACAAACUUGUCUCAAAUUUCUAUACUGAACAAAAAUAUAAACAUAACAUGCAACAAUUUCAAGGAUUUUACAGAGUUACAGUUCAUAUGAGGAAAUCGGUCAAUUGAAAUAAAUUCAUUAGGCCCUAAUCUAUGGAUUUCACAUGACUGGGUAUACAGAUAUGCAUCUGUUGGUCACAAAUGCCUCACAAUGGGCCUCAGGAUCUCGUCACAGUAUUUCUGUGCAUUCAAAUUGCCAUCGAUAAAAUGCAAUUGUGUUUGUUGUCGGUAGCUUAUGCCUGCCCAUACCAUAACCCCACCGCCACCAUUGGGGCACUCUGUUGACAUCAGCAAACCACUCACCCACACAAUGCUAUACACGUGGUCUGCGGUUGUGAGGCCGGUUGGACAUACUGCCAAAUUCUCUCAAAUGACGGAGGCGGCUUAUGGUAGAGAAAUGAACGUUUAAUUCUCUGGCAACAGCUUUAGUGGACAUUCCUGCAGUCAGCAUGCCAAUUGCACCACCCCUCAAAACUUGAGACAUCUGUGGCAUUGUGUUGUGUGACAAAACUGCACAUUUUAGUGGCCUUUUAUUUUCCCAAGCACAAGGUGCAUCUGUGUAAUGAUCAUGCUGUUUAAUCAGCUUCUUGACAUGCCACACCUGGCAGGUGGAUGUAUUAUCUCGGCAAAGGAGAAAUGCUCACUAACAGGGAUGUAAACAAAUGUGUGCACAAUUUGAGAUAAAUAAGCUUUUUGUGCAUAUGGAACAUUUCUGAUAUUUUAUUUCAGCUCAUGAAACAUGGGACCCACAAUUUGGAUGUUGCGUUUUUAUAUUUUUGUUCAGUGUCGCAGUCAUUCACUCAAGUGAAGACAAGUGGAAUCUGAAACAAAACAUAUUCAGUACUCUAUGUAGCCAACAGAGGCAGCAUUCUACCGAGGUAUUAUGUUGAUGCCAAUGUGUGGUAUGUAACUAAAUGCUUAUGUAAAAGAGUGAGUGAUUCAGUCUAUUAGAUCUGGGUGUGGUCUGGCAAAUUGCAAAGGGACAUUCUGUCAUUACUACUUGGACGUUUUAAGAAUGGGUGUGCAGUAAUGCAUUACUUUCUAGUGAACCACAGGCACCAGUCGCAAUGGCACGUACAUAUGACACGUGAUGAGCAUGACAGAGUAUGAUUUAAUUAAUGGAAUGUGUCCUUAUUUCUUUAUUCAGCAGAAAUGUUUCUCAAUCGUUUUCAUUUUACUAAACAUGGGGGUACAAGCUACACUGAACAAAAACAUAAAUGCAACAUGUAAAAUGUUGGUCCCAUGUUUCAUGAGCUGAAAUAAAUGAUCCCAGAAAUGUUCCAUAUGCACAAAAAGCUUAUUUCUCUCAAAUGUUGUGCACAAAUUUGUUUACAUCCCGAGUAUUUCUCCUUUACCAAUAUAAUCCAUCCACUUGACAGGUGUGGCAUAUAAAGAAGCUGAUUAAACAGCAUGAUCAUUACACAGGUGCACCUUGUGCUGGGAACAAUAAAAGGCCACUCUAAAACAACACAAUGUCUCAAGUUUUGAGGGAGUGUGCAAUUGGCAUGCUGACUGUAUUAAUGUCUACCAGAGCUGUUGCCAGAUAAUGUUAUUUUCUCUACCAUAAGCCGCCUCCAACAUCGUUUUGGAGAAUGUUGCAGUCCGUCCAACCGGCCUCACAACCGCAGACCACGUAUGGCGUCGUGUGGGUGAGCGGUUUGCUGAUGUCAACGUUGUGUACAGAGUGCCCUGUGGUGGGGUUAGGGUAUGGGCAGGCAUAAGCUACGGACAACGAACACAAUUGCAUUUUAUUGAUGGCCAUUUGAAUGCACAGAGAUACCGUGACAAGAUCCUGAGGCCCAUUGUCGUGCAAUUAAUCCGCCGCAAUCACGUCAUGUUUCAGCAUGAUAAAUAUUUUAAAUUGUUGCGUUUUAUAUUUUUCAGAAUAGAUCACAGCUUUACCAAAUAUAUGAUAAUCAUCUCUUUCUUGUGACAUACUUUUCAUGGGAACUACGUUAAGUAUGUGUUUGUCUGUGUUGCAGAGAAAAUCCAAAGAUAAACCCCUGUAAGAAAGGAGAGCCCAUGUCACCAGUGAAGGACAACGUGCUGGCCUUCACACCUGAAACGGACAAGGAUAUUUACUUAAUCUCUAGUGUUCAGAAAACACUCUGA